CGGCGCAUUGAGGCAUCGCGGCCACUUUUGCAUCGUCGAUGGCGCCGCUUCUCCGCGCAUCGACGCUCGAAGCGCUCGCCUUCGUCGUCGUCUCGCUCCUUGCGUUCCUCCGCAGCGUCAAGCGGUCGCGCCGCCCGCGCCCGUACCGCGGGUGUCCGCCCGAGGUGCUCGAAGCCAUUGCGCUCUAUAUCCCGUGCCCGGUUGCGUGUCGGGACUUUCUCUGCGCGUUUCCUCUAUCGGCGCUCACGCCGUCGCUGCGCUGCCUCCUCGAGCUCCUCGAUCCCGCGCAGCAAAACAUUGCCGUGCGCUGGCCCGCAAUUUACGUCAACCACAAGGAUCGAACCGCCGACGUCCUGGCGUGGAUCGCCGGCGCCAGGACACUCCACAGACAGCUCUCGCUGACGCCGACGACGCCAACCAUCUUUUCGGCGGCGUUUCUUCCUACUUGCUUUCAAGGCUUUGAGUGGCGCGGUGACGCCAGCGCCACCCGCACUUCGAUCGACGCCGAUGCCCACACGCCCGACGCCGUCGCGAGCGUCCUUGCGCACCCCGACGCGCUCGGAUCGCUGACGCUGAGCAUUCCGGACGUGUGUCCUUCCAGCCUUAUUACAAUGCUUCCGAAUCUGACGCAUCUCACAACGCUGAGUUUGCAGGGCCACGAUGCAAGCUUGCACCUACCAUCGCUCUUCCAGGCGCUGUGCUGGCUCCCGCACCUCCAGCACUUGCAUUUGAAUCAUACGGGAUUAGACGACGCGAUGGCGACCAAGGUGAGCCGCGUCGUGCGCUGCUGCUCGGAGCUUGAGGACCUCGACCUCUCGGGCAACCAGUUGUCGGCCGCCGGCGUCACGUCGCUCCUCUCCAACUUGCACACGAGCCCAAAGCUGGUGGCGGUCAACGUGACGCAAAACCCCUAUGUGCUCAAGGACCUCGUCGGCGCCGCGCCCGCGGUCGCCCGCCUCGCUGCGACGCUCAAGACGAUCUCACUUCGCGUCGAUCGAGAUGACAUGGCCGACGCAUUCCCGUUUCUUCGGGCGCUGCGCGCCGUGUGCACGCACCGGAUCGUGGUCAUGAUGGUCGGGUCGGGCACGCUCUCGUCGGACCUUGCGAAAGAAUACCACCAGCUCAAGCAAGAUCUGAGGAGGGCCGACGAGCCCCACAAGCGGCGGUGCCAGCUGUACCUCUUUGGCCGCGACCCGUGGCCCAAGCGCGACCUUCUCGCACAAAACGCAGGCUGCGCCAUGUCCUAACCCUACCUAUAUAACAUUUUAUGCAAUCUCAUCAAAGUGGUUCCAUAGCAUGAUUCCAUA